AUGAUGAUGAUGAUGAUGAUGAUGGUAAUGGUGAUAGUGAUAGUGAUGGUGUUGGAGAUGGCGAUGGUGGUAGUGGAGGAGGAUAAGAAAGAAACACGAGAUGAUCUUGAUCCUCGAUUUAACGUACAACGGUUCCCCCUCGGGAGGUCUUGGCACGAUGUAUGUCGUCGCGCGGUAUAUACCGCGUGUGUGCCUAAUGGUGGAAGGAAACGUUAUCCAGAGGCGGGCAACGGACGGGCAACACACUACUAGUCCGGUGUACCCUGGUAGGGCCGAGAGAAGUCAGCCUCCGGAAUACGAACUCGGACUCAGUCUUCGAACUGGUCUCGUAGCACGCUGUGUGCGGUGUGCCCGUGUGUCAUACAGCCCCGAAUAUUAGAAGGAAGAGGGAAGACAUUGGAAAGGAAUCAAUCGAUCGAAGGAAGAAAAAAAAGCGUGACAUGAAGCUGAAGGAAGGUUGAACGUUUUAUCAUUAUUAUUCAUCAGAUAUUAUCGUCGUUAAGGGAUUUGUAAUCCACGAUUGAAAAUGAUGACGAUACUCUUCUUGGGAUUAUGCCUCUCCGUCUGUCUAUCAGAUGUGUUAGGAAAUUGUCCUUUGGUACAACCACCACAAUGGGGUGCGGUACGAGAAAGGGUUCUUGAAGAUGGUACUUUACAGACCGUAUAUUCCUGUGAGGUAGGGCGUAGACUAAAAGGACACAAGGUAGCCACUUGCACGGCGAACGGUUGGGAUCAUCCUGUACCCAAGUGUGUACUUCUAGAGAACAAGUUGCAACACUUUCGUAACGAUCUAUAUAUGGGUGAUGAGCCAAGUAGAAAUUUGAGAAGCGAUACGACGAGGAAGCAACGAGUUCAAGCACGGAAGAGGCUCGGCGAGUUGAAGAGACGUAGGAAAACGAAGGAUAAGAGGAAGCAAAUGCCGGAGAAGUCUCUAUCGGGAGUAAAGCCGUCGGUGGUGUCGGAUGUCGGUGGCUUGAACGAAACUUUGAUGUCGAGAUUGGAUCUAAGUUGUCUCAUGAAGGCACGCAGAAAGGGUCUUAUCAAAGCACCCUCGGUCGUUAAUGCUUAUCCUCCGAGAUACGCUAGGAGAAAGAACGCUCUACCACCUUUCAAUCGAUACUUGGUCGCAGUUUAUGUUUGCCUGGAGGAGUUCGUUCUCGAGGACUCGAUGGUGGAUCGACUUUUUUGCAGCGAAGCAACUUGGCUUGGUCUUGUACCAAAAUGCGUGAAGAAAGGAGAAACGAUAAUCGAUAACGUGCGACGUUGCGAUCAGGAGAGGGGUGGCUGUGAACACGUGUGCGAGGAUACGCCGAUUGGUGCGAAGUGUUCCUGUUUCGAUGGCUUUCGAAUCAAUGGUACCUCCUGUAUAGACAUAGACGAAUGUUCAGAGGACACUGCCAAGUGUUCAGAUUUUUGUCUGAACGAUCCUGGCUCUUACCACUGUGAAUGUCAUUCUGGCUUUCAGUUGGCAGCAAAUGGGCAUACUUGUCAAGAUGUUAACGAGUGUCUGCCGAACAACGGACACGGCCCUUGUCAAGGUACCUGUCGUAAUCUCGAAGGCGGUUACGAGUGCAGCUGCACCGAUAUCCCUGGAUUUAAAUUGGCAUUGGACAACCAUACUUGCGAGGACAUCGACGAAUGCGCGAAUAACAACGCCGGUUGUUCUCACGUAUGCCUGAACACACCAGGAAGUGUCUUUUGCCUUUGCCCGGAUGGUUUUUACUUGACCAACGAUUGGAAGACUUGUCAAGACGUGAACGAGUGCGAAAAUGUUUCGAAGAUUUGUCCGGAGGAUACCAACUGCGAGAACACCUUAGGAUCUUACAGAUGUAUAAACAAGCCGAAAAAGAUGACGAAGGUGUUGCAGGAAGAAGAUUACGAUACGGAGGAGGACGACGACGAGGAGGACGACGUGGACGAGGACGAUUAUAACGAGAGUUUGACCGAAUUACCGGAUGUAGGGAAAUGCGAGGAUGGGUUUAGGAAGGACGAGAAUGGAAAUUGCGUUGAUAUCGACGAGUGUGUGGAAGGCGACGAGGGUGAAACGCACGGCUGCGAACACGAAUGUAGAAACGACGAAGGUAGUUAUCAUUGCGUUUGUCGUUCCGGUUACCAACUGGAAGAAGACGAGGUGUCCUGCAAGGACAUAGACGAGUGUACGAAAUCACCGUUGGCCUGUUCCCAUAGUUGCAGCAAUAUCGAGGGUUCCUUUGUAUGCGGUUGUCCUUUGGGACAGGUAUUGAAGGAAGACAAUGUAACGUGUACGGAAGAGAGAACCUGUUCGUCCUUGAAACCAGCAUGCUCUCAGGAUUGUCAGUAUAUCGAGGACGAAGGUCCUCGAUGUAUUUGCCAUCCUGGAUAUCGCCUCUUGGAAGACAACAUAACUUGUAUCGAUAUAAACGAAUGUACGUAUACACCGUGCUCGCAUUCUUGCGUUAAUUUAGAGGGCAGCUUCUCAUGUACGUGUCCCGCUGGUUUCGUUUUACGCGACAACGACAAGUUCAAUUGCACGGACGUUGACGAGUGUAACGAGCCAGGUCAUGGAUGCGAACACGAGUGUAUUAAUAUUCGCGGAAGUUACGAGUGCGUUUGUCACGACGGUUUUCUUCUUAAGGACGAUCGAAGAAGUUGCAUCGAUUUGAACGAGUGCGAGAUGGAACGUCAUCGUUGCUCGCACAAUUGCACGAACGUUAUCGGUGGUUAUCUCUGUAGCUGUCCUACGGGUUACGAGCUAGUGACGGAAUUUCGUUGCAUGGACAUCGACGAGUGCGAAAAGGGUACUCACGAUUGUUCUCACGAUUGCAUUAACUUGGAAAGUGAUUACAAGUGUUCGUGUCCUAAUGGUUUUAAAAUCGAUAAGGACGGAAGAAACUGUAUCGACGUGAACGAGUGUUUAGAAAGUCUCGACGAUUGUUCUCACGAGUGUAGAAACACCGAAGGUUCUUACGAGUGCGCUUGUCCUCAAGGAAUGUUUUUCAACUCCAGCAAAACUCAAUGCGUCUUAAUGGAUAUCUGCGAUAACGCCGGUUGUUCUCAAUCUUGUGAAGUAGAAGCCGACACUUAUAGAUGCGUCUGUCACGAGGGUUACGUAUUACAAGAGGAUGGAAAAACGUGUUCGGAUAUGGACGAGUGUCUCGAGGACGAGCACGAUUGCUCACACGAGUGCGUCAAUACUCAUGGUAGUUAUAUAUGUACUUGUCCACCUGGUUUAGAUCUUCUCGAAGAUGGUUUAACGUGCAAGGAUGAGAAAUGUGAGAAUGGAUUUCGAAGGGAUAAGAAUAAUCUCUGUAGGGAUAUCGACGAGUGCGAGGAAGAGGAUCACGAUUGUUCUCACUUUUGUAUCAACGAAUACGGCUCCUAUCGAUGUUCCUGUCCGACCGGUUGGGUUUUAGAGGAGGAUCGUAUAACUUGUACCGAAUCGAAUCCAUGUUGGAACGUCACUUGUUCUCACGCCUGUUUGCCGCUGGGAUCAUCUACCUUCAAAUGCGAAUGUCCUCUUGGAUAUAAAAUCGACGAGAGUGGUACCAUAUGCGAGGACAUAGACGAGUGUACGGACGAUACUAGAAAUAACUGUAGUCAUAUUUGCAAGAACGAGGAAGGAUCUUACGAGUGCCAUUGUCCGAAAGGAUAUCAACUCGACCGGGACAAUAGCACUUGUAUCGACGCGAACGAAUGCGAGAACGGCGAGCACGAUUGCGAAAACCUAUGUAUAAAUCUCGAGGGAAGGUAUAAUUGCACUUGUCCAAUGGGUUAUUUUUAUUCGGAGGAAGAACGCAUUUGCGAGGACAUCGACGAGUGUCGGAAUAACGAGCUCAAACACAAUUGCUCUCACGAAUGCGUAAACACGAUUGGUGCGUACAAUUGUACCUGUCCUAUCGGUUGGAAACUCGACGAAGACGAGCGUACGUGUAGGAUCGUUGACCCCUGUGCCAGUGAUCAUGGUUGUUCUCAUACGUGCGAACAGGAGAACGGAGAGAUUCGAUGCGGUUGCCCCGAAGGAUUCGAUCUUUUGGAGGAUGGUAAAACGUGUAGGGACAUAGACGAGUGUACCGAAGGGUCGCACGCUUGUUCGAAUAUUUGCAAAAAUGUCGAGGGUGCGUAUUACUGCGAGUGCCCAACGGGAUACGAAUUAUCGACGGACGAAAAAACGUGUAUCGACAUAGACGAAUGUUUCCUAGACACGAAAUUUUGCUCGCAACAUUGUAACAACACCGAAGGUAGCUUUCGCUGUAGCUGUCUCGAUGGAUACGAAUUGAUCGACGAUCGACGUACCUGCAAGGACAUCGACGAGUGCUCGACGAAUCUUCACGAUUGUUCUCACGAGUGCGAGAAUCUCGAUGGCGGUUACAUUUGUUACUGUCCCGAGGAUUUCACCUUGGACGAGGAUAAAAAAACUUGCAUAGAUCUGGACGAGUGCGCCGGUAGAAACAACUGUAGUCACAUUUGCGUGAACGUCCGUAACGGAUACACGUGCGAGUGUCCCGACGAUUUCACGUUGGAACCGGACGGUUGGACGUGUAGAAAAAUCGACCACUGCGAGGCUCAUCGCGAUUGUUCGCACGAGUGUAUCAGCGAAUCGAACGGCUACAAGUGUGCCUGUCGCGUGGGAUACAAUUUGUCGUUGGACAAUAAAACUUGCGUUGACAUAAACGAGUGUUUGGAAACGAAUAACGAGAUAAGCGAGCCUUGCUCUCACGAUUGCGUUAAUACGAUCGGAAGUUUCGAGUGUCAUUGUCCUAAGGGAUAUCAAAUUGGAAAAGAUAAGAAAACCUGCGAGGAUCUGAACGAGUGUAUAGAAGAAAAUGGCGGGUGUUCUCAUUUUUGCGCCAACACGGAAGGUGCCUACGAGUGCGCUUGUCCCGACAAUUACAAACUACUCGAGGACGAUGGGAAGACGUGCGUGGAGAUCGACGAGUGUUUGAUCGACAACGGCGGAUGUUCGCAUUUUUGUCAAUAUCAGAACGGUAACGUCUCCUGUAGCUGUCCCGACGGAUUGACCCUGGACGACGAGGAGAAGAAAUUUUGCGUGCACGAGGACAAAUGUUUGGUUGAGAACGGUGGUUGUUCCGACAUUUGUUAUUCCUCGAAUGGCACGGUAACGUGCGACUGUAUCUCGGGCUUUCGUUUGUCCACAGAGGACAACGUCACUUGCUUGGACAUUGACGAGUGUUCGGAACUUAAAGACAAUUGUACUCAAAAGUGCACGAACGUCUUAGGUGGUUUCAAGUGCGAAUGUUACGAGGGCUUUCGCGUGAAUCCCGACGAAUUGACAUUCUGCGACGACACGGACGAGUGCCAAGAAGAAAAUGGUGCCUGUUCGCAUUCCUGUUUCAACACGGUCGGCUCUUACAGAUGCGGUUGCCCGACGGGUUACGAUCUUGAUUCGGAUAAUAGGACGUGCGUUUUGAUCGAUGGCUGCAAACGCGACAACGGAAAUUGUUCUCAUCGUUGUCACCAUGACGAUGGUACGGGCAAAACUCGUUGCUCUUGCCCGUUGGGAUUCAGAUUGAAACAAGACCUUCGUACUUGCGAGGACAUCGACGAAUGCGAGGAAUUCGAGAACGACGUUGAUUCUGGUUGUUCUCAUUCGUGCGUUAACACCGAGGGCGGAUAUCAUUGCGAGUGUCCUACCGGUUAUAUUCUCAUGCCGCAGGACAAGAAGAGUUGCGUCGACGUAAAUGAGUGUCUUACGAGCGAGCACAAUUGCACACACGACUGUUUGAAUCUACUUGGUAGCUACGUAUGUACUUGUUACGAGGGACACUAUUUGCACAGCGACAGAUCCUCUUGUUUGGACAUCAACGAGUGCCUCGAAGGAAACGGUGGUUGUUCGCAUAUAUGCACCAACACGAUCGGAGGUCAUUUCUGUAGUUGUUCCGAGGGUUACGAGCUUGGUCAAGACGAGAAAGAUUGCGUGGACGUUAACGAAUGCGAGAAGGAAAUAGCCGAUUGUCCCGACGAUUGUAUCAAUACUCCGGGCUCGUUCAAAUGUCAAUGUCCGGACGGUCAUGUACUUGCGAAGGAUUCUCGAACUUGUAUAGACGUCGACGAAUGUCAGAUCGAAAACGGCGGCUGUACUCAUGCCUGUUUCAACAUCAUCGGUGGCGUUCGUUGUAGUUGUCCCGUUGGUCUCCGUCUAGAUAACGAUGGGAAAACGUGUCUUGACAUCGACGAAUGCGCCCUCGAGAACGGCGGCUGUUCGGACGUCUGCGUCAAUCUCGAAGGUACCUUUUCUUGUCGUUGUCCAGAUGGUCAUCAGCUCGACGACAUCGACUUUAAAAAUUGUAUCGAUAUAAACGAGUGCGAGGUAGAAAACGGCUCCUGCUCUGAUAUAUGUUUAAACACAAAAGGUAGCUACAGGUGCGAUUGUCCUAGUGGUUAUCGAUUGGCUGACGAUGCUAAAACAUGCGUCGACGUGAACGAGUGCGAAGUGGAUAACGGUGGAUGUUCUCACGCUUGCAUCAAUAGACCGGGCUCUUUCCGUUGCGAUUGUCCCAGAGGAUACGAGAUCAAGAAUAAGACCUGCCAUCGUUCAAAUCCUUGCAUGAUCGAUAAUGGUGGUUGCGAGCAGAUAUGCAAUGCCGAAGGCGGUAUGGUGAUAUGCACUUGCAAGGAGGGAUUUCAGUAUGACAAGUCCAACAGCUCGAUGUGUCACGAUGUGGAUGAAUGCUCUGGUCGGCAUGGGUGCGAGCAUGCUUGCAUUAACACCGUUGGAUCUUACAAGUGUGGAUGCUGGGAAGGAUAUCAAAUGCGGAAUUCUACUUGUGUAGAUAUCGACGAAUGUGCAUCAGGAAUUUGCAAGACGAAUCGAUGCGUCAACACCUUGGGCAGUUAUCGUUGCGAAUGCGACGAAGGUUAUCGAUCGGAGGGCGACACUUGUGUAGAUAUCGACGAAUGCGCCGAGGAUUCACCGUGCAGAGAGAGAUGCGUCAAUACUCCUGGCUCGUAUCAUUGUACCUGUACGCCAGGAUUUCGAUUACAAGGAACCGAAUGCGUAGAUAUAAACGAAUGCGAGUGGCGUAACGGUAGAUGCGAACAAGAAUGCAUUAACACAGUGGGAUCUUUCCUGUGCAAUUGUCGAUCGGGCUACGUGUUCAAUCACAGGAACAGAAGUCAGUGUCAGGAUGUAAACGAAUGCUUGAACCGGAACGGUGGUUGUAACGGCGAAUGCAUUAACACGCCAGGAAGUUACUACUGUACGUGCAACGGCGAUUUAGUUUUGUCUACGGAUGAGAGAACAUGCGUCUCGCUGGAGUCAAAGUGUCCCGCCAUGGAACCACCGUUGCACGCCGAGAUCCGAUGUCCUGGACACUAUUCUGGUGCGACCGAUUACCCUCACGGCGCUAGAUGUCAUAUUAGAUGUCGACGUGGAUUUAAAUUGGAAGGACCUCACACGAGAUAUUGCGUUAACGAUGGUCGAUGGAAUGGAAAAGAACCAGUGUGCCUUCGCGAAUACACGCUCGUGGAUUCUCGUUACGAUCUAGACAUGCCAAGGCCGUUCGUGAGAUGCCCACAGGACAUGGACGUGGAGUUACCCGCGAGGCAGAAUACGAUACGCGUUUCCUUCCCUCAGCCAAAGUCUAACAUGAACUGGUGGAGAUACGUGGACGCCUCACCUUCGUGGGCCAAACAGUUACAAGCCGAUUUACCAGCAGGCACCACCGUUGUCACAUUCACAGCUUGGUCACCCGUGUCUAAUUAUACGAGCACUUGCAGAAUCGUCAUACGUGUUCGAGACACUGAGAAUCCUAAAGUUUCGACCUGCCCGACAUCCUUUGAAGUGCGCUUAAGUCCAGGCGAACCAAACCGUUUGAUAUUCUGGCAGGAACCUACGUUCACCGACAACGUCGGAGUCGAGAGAAUUUACAAAACGAGGGAACCAGGACAACUGAUGUAUCCCGGGGUUCACAACGUGCGCUACAUCGCUUCCGAUGCAGCCGGAAAUCAGGCCGAAUGCCAUUUCUCCGUACACAUUCGAGAAUCCGACCAACGACAGGAUGCCGAGCCGAGAAUCUACCGAAGGAGAAUGUUGAUGUGUCCCGGAAGGCCACCCCAACCGAUGCCGACUUCCGCUUAUGGGUGGCAGAUACCAAGCGGUUGCUAUCUAAGGUACACCAGGAUCUUCUCAGGGGCGUAUGCCGUACAGCGUGCUUAUCGGGAACAUCAGCAGAAUGGUUAUCAAGACGCGAGGGCAGCUUAUCACGAGAUCCAUCCCGUACAGAGGAACCAACCUCGAGCUCCUCCUCCUCCUCCUCCUCCUCUUUCUUCUCCUUCUUCUUCCUCUUCCUCUUCUUCUCCUUCUUCUUCUUCUGCUUCUGCUUCUUCUUCUUCUUCUUCUUCUUCUUCUUCACGGAUCUCCUCAUCGAUGGCCUAUCCUAUUGGAGAUUAUCGACAGCAGCCGAGGGAACGGGAUUACUAUUUGGAGCAGAGGCAACAGCUGUUGCAGAGGCACCACUUGGAUGGGGGGGAGGAGGAGGAACGUUCGACGAGGAACGGUCACUUUGCAUCGUUUCCUCAUUAUCCGAGAGCUCGAGUCGAUACGAGAAUAUUUCCACGACGUAGAUGUUGCACAUGAAAGAGUUUCUAUAUAUCUCGAUCUAUAUAUCUAUCUAUCUAUCUAUCUAUCUUUUUCUUUCUCUUUUUUCUCCUGUCUCCCUUUUUCUCUCUAUCUCCUUCUCGUUGUACUAUUCGACGAGUCGAGGAAUUAAAUUCGGUAGUUGUACUACGAAAUAUUAACGACGAGUUUCCGUUCAUCGACAUUAAUUGGAUGAUGUAAAAAGAGAGAUGUAAAAAGAAAGAAAUAUUAUAAUAGAAAGAGAGAGAGAGAGAGAGAGGAGAGAAAAAACUGCUAUAAACGUUUCAUAACGCUAGCUUUCGUUUUUAUUUUUAUUACGUG